UACUAUUUAGCCUGUUAGUCAUUCGGCGAUUCACAAUGGGAACGGUGCACGUAGGUUUAUGUAUUCUAAGUAUAGUUAAUUUAAUAAAAUGCGGGUAUCCACCGACAGGGGAUGAAGUGGUGCCCGGUAGCGUAUUGCUGCCGGCUUCGAGAAGGGGCCGGUACCUCGCCAACAUAGUGCGGCGGCAGGCAGUGGAUGGUACUGGAAUCAAAUUCAACAAGGAUGCUGAUCGGAUGAACGCCGAAGCGAAGAAGAAAGUCGACGUACUCUCCGAAGAGCUUCUUCCUUACAUCAUUGCUGAACAGGAACGGAGGACCACACUCCAUAAGCGAGUGAUGACUGCCAUACAGAACGGAGAGAAGGGCGUCACGAUAGUCGAGAUGAGGAAUAAACCGCCACUUAUCAUUAGGAAAGGGCUGAUGUACCGCUGCCCGGCGAACCGCGCGCCGAGGGAGCCGGACGGAUCCGGCGUCCUCAUGUGCGAGGACGACAUCACGCCCACCCAGAUCAUGUACGACGCGUGCCUCAGCGCCGAGGACAAGGAGCUCUACAACGCGGAGAACAAAUACUUCUUCUGCAACCGUCACAAGAUCGAAGGCCCCGAUCUACCCCGUAACGGCACGACCGUAUACGGCUGCGCGCCCAUAGAACGGACUUCCUUCAACUACACGACUUCCAAGUGUUCACUGGAGGACACUGAGGACGUCGUGGUGCACUACCGGUAUUAUCCGGACAGGACGUAUAAAUACGUGACGGAAUUGGACCCGGACCGAGAGGUGUGCGACCACUGGAACCCAUGCCAGAUCGGUUACAUAUUCAGUCUACCCUCUCCUGACAUGGCGACCCCCGCCAGCGAACUGUGGCAGGACAGUAUAGACGAGUAUGUACAUCCGGGCAUACAGUCCUACAUGAGCAGCCCUCGAACAAUUAUCAUACCUCACGGCGGUAGACGAAGUGUCAGUUUUAGCCUCGAAAAAAUCCAGGUCAAAACCGGCAAGGGAAAAUCGAGAAAGAUCAGCCAAACCGACUUCUCAGCGAAGAUCGGGACCUUCAGCAUCACAAUAACGCUUUCCUUCGAGGAGUUCUCGCCGAAGUUCUUCGGGACCUUCUUCGCUAUCAUUAAUAUCAACAACAAACCGACUCCUAUGAAGUUCUUGUCUUUAAUUCCAAGCAACAUAGAAGUAACCGCAAAGACGAUCGACGCCCUUCAUGGUCAAAAGCUGAACAGCUCCGCCAUUCCCAUCAGCUGUGAUAAUUGCCGAUUCCACGGGCUCAUGGUGCGCGCGAGAAACAACGAUGUUUACAACAUACCGUCCAGCCGGUUUAGAGUUAAACAAAUGCCAAAUAGGCAAUUAACUAUAGAAAUAAACGUGAAAGACCCGCAGCCGCAAGAUUUCGGUGAUUACUUCGGUCUGAUUGAAAACAGCAGGGGGCAGGAGGAGAGACAUAAAAUUCUGACUGUUCGAGUGAUUAAACUGAACCGCUUCGAAGUAGCCUGCGAUGUGCAAGGCAACUACAACAACAUCACAAAAUACGAAUGCGCGGACUGCCAACUGACUGACAUACUGUGCAACGGACAGUCAGUCUUGGCUGCUGGGCGCGUCACCAUCAUUCCCCAAUCGCAGCAAAUUAGUUACAACUUCCCAAGUUUCGCGGACCAGUUCUCCUGCGUGUACAUGGGUUUCUUCAAAGUUAAAGACACAGUUUAUAAGAAAGUGGUGGCAGUUAUUGACACUGUGAAAAUCCCCGAGGUGGUUAAAAUACCGGCACCUAAAGAAGACGAUAGCUUGGACCAGGAAAUCGUGUUCGAGGCGGAAAAUGAUGCCUGUGACGUCAGAGAGAUAAUCGUCAAUGGAAUCAGUUUGGAGCAAUCCGCUAGGAGAUCAUCAUCAGCUGGCCAAGCUAUGUUCCAAGUCACUCAGAACACUAUAAACAUUCACAUAGGCCCGUUCCUGGAGGCCUAUGCUGGCACAUACCAGGCCAAGUUCGCGUGUGGAGAUGAAACCAUCACUAAGAACAUCAUGGAGGUCACAUUGGAUGAACAUUCUGGUAAGUCGAAAAUCAAAAUUUAA